CUAGGACUGGCGUGCCGCCCCGGGGAUCGGUCUGCGGGUGCUUUUCUCCAAAUCCUUCAAACACUUUCCUUCUCAAUAUCGCGUUUCUUCGUUUCUCACAAGAGUGUUAACGACUUUAGUUUUUUCCUCUCCGAGCUGUGAGACAAUAUUCCGAGUGUGACUAAAACUAUCACGGUAUUAUCCGCUAUUUUGAACUGUGAUAGCACAACGGUGACAGCCACUCAUUCAUUCAAGCUGUCAACUGCAGUGAUUAAAGUCGCAGGAUUUGGCGAAUUAUGAGUGAAUGAGCAGCCGACGCGCGCGCGCGCGUUAUCUCUGCCGGUGCGUUCUUACAGUGCUGUUUCGCGAGUGUUUCAUCGUGUCAAAAUGAGCACCAAAAAGUUGAAGGAAAAAUCUUGAUGUUUGUCCUUGCGGCGAGACUAUUUUUGUGACGAAAAGUGCACCUGGCACGGUCAACGAAGAGCGCUUCGAAGGAUUGAAAUGAAGAAACGCCGGUAGUAAGGCACGUCCAGGGUGAGCGUGCAGUUGUGCAGUGCUUGUGAGGUAUUAUCUGUCAUUCGCGAAAAAAGGGAUUCUACGUUGAGAUAAGCCGCGCGUUUGCUGUCGAUAAAACCAAAUAUUUCCCCCUGAGCGGCCUUCGAAAAUGACGGAGUGUUGAGGGGUAUUGUCGCCUGACAUUGGUGUUGCGCAAGUAGUGUUAUUAUUGUUGUUAUUAUUGUUGUUUAACCGCGAAGAAAACGUAGCAGUGGAGGACAGAACGGUGCGUCGGAAGGGCAGAAGGUUGAUGAGCGAAACAGAGAAAAUUGGCAGUUACAGAGAAAGAAAAUAAGCCGCAAUCGCAUAUGUUACUUGCCGAAGGUGAGAUUCGCUUCCAGGAUAUCGGAGCGAGAAUGUGUACAACGGAGAUGACAGAGGUUGCUUACAGCACGAUGUCACCAUCGACAGCUUCCUCGAGCGGUACGACAUCCGGUUGUUUGGGCUCGCCCGGAAAUCGUUUGACGAGUUCGCGUUGUUCGCUGAGUAGGACUCGAGAUCCGCGAGAGGAUGACGACGACGACGAGAUUUCGGUAGGUUGUCCGAGCCCGUUGCCCCUCGUCGUUGGCAAUCACCAGCAGGAGGAGGACGACGAGAGAUUAAGUUCGUCGCGCGAUGACAGGUACAGCGAAAGGCUGAGUCCACCGUGUUGUCUCGACGAGGACGAAAGAUACUCGAGAGACAAUGGCGAUUAUGAACGAAGCAUGGGGAACGGAAGAAGACGACGUCAGAUAAGUCGAACCUCGUCGAACGCGGAGGUCACGAUGCUCACGCGGGACGAAGACGCCGACAACGAGGAAGACGACGAUAACACGAUAAGAACCUCACCGAACGGUACCACGGACGACUACUUCAAGCCUCUGAAAAAAUUGAAAAUGGUACCGAUCCAACAAUCCGACGACGAGGACGAAAGAGACAGAGACUCGAACAACGAGCGCGGUGUAAAAUCCUUCAGUAUUUUGGAUAUUCUAUCCCACAGGCCAAAAGCGAAGAUCGUCAGGCCUUGGGACACUGUGGAAUCGAGUCAACCACAUCUCAACAACAAUCACAAUCACCAGAGGCACCACCACCACCACCACCACCAUCACCAUCACAACUCCCAUCACGAUCACCAUCAGCAACAAUUACAACAUCAACAGAUUCAUCACCACUCGAGUCUCAGUCAGGGUCCGAGGGAUUUGUCUUUGAUGGGAAUGUCCUUGGCUUCGAUGUCAGGCUCCAUGAGCGAACCGCCUCUGAGCAGUUCAUCUUCGUCGGGACGAAGUUCCGUGUCCGAUUCCGGGAGUCCGGAUCCUCUCGCCCACCAUCAUCUUCAUCAUCAGCAUCACCAUUCCCUGCAUCAUGGACUCCACCAUCCCGGACUUCAUCAUCCGGCGAUGCAGCAGCAGUUUAAAAGAAAUAAAACGAGCCAACAACAGCACAACUCGACGAGUGGACAAAACGGAAAAAGAAACACGGGCCAGAGCAGCCCUCUCGAUGCGCUUUUCCAGAUGACGAGCAAAACAUUCGACGCUGGCGAACACAGUCAAGAACAAGCCAACCACCUGAACCUCUUCAACAAUCGUCAGCAGCCAAAAAAGAAGCGCAAAAGUCGAACGGCCUUUACGAACCAGCAGAUAUUCGAGCUCGAGAAACGUUUUCUCUACCAGAAAUAUCUGAGCCCAGCAGAUCGUGACGAAAUAGCGGCACAAUUGGGCCUGAGUAACGCUCAAGUGAUAACGUGGUUCCAAAAUCGCCGAGCGAAACUGAAGAGGGACAUGGAGGAGCUCAAGAAGGAUGUACAGACGGUGAAUCCGCUUCUCGUUGCUCAACACCAUAAAACUUUUCUCGAGAACGUUCAGGAUCUCGGUAUCCUUAAAAAAAGGCCGCUGCCCACUUCCAUUGACGAAAAGUCUUAGGUUCUUAGAAAAAGAGGAAAAGCGAAAACACUUUUGUCCCCUCGCGAUACGAGAAAAAACUUUCAAACGUUUCGUACGAACGAAUAUUUCUUGUUCCAGCGAUAAUUUGACAGGGCGAAAAAUUCUUCGUAAAAAAUCGCCUCGCGCUACGAUAAAAGAGAAAAGAUAACGACCCGUGGAAAUAUUGCCGGUGAUUUAUAUGCAGCCAGCGAAUGUGUCAAGUGACCGAUAAAAUUCGAUAUUAUUUGUCGAUCUCGAUUUAUCGCCAUCCACCCAAAUAAUAUUCCUCCGAUUGCUGAUCGUGCUAGAGGAAAAUUCAAAUGAAUAAUUACUCUGUCAAAACUCGGGAAAAUUGAGAGAGAAAAUAAUUCCGUGGAUACCGUGCUUUCGCCCAAUUUCGUAGCCACAUGUAUUAUAAUGUAUUUAUUUACCGAAUUUGCGAGCACGAAUGCGAUUUAUCGAGAGAUCAAAGAAUUAAUCGAAAGAACGAUAUGAUCGGUAUAUUAUUAAAAAACGACGAUAAUAAAUUAUUGAUAACUAUAAUUUAAUUAUUAGUUUCUGAUGAAUGACGAAUGACGAAAUAGUCGAGUCGUUUCAUCCUUGUAAAUACGUUUGUAAAUAAUUCGUCAAUUGCGAUGAAGAUUCCGAGAGCGAGAAUGAAAAUAAAUUUUCCUGUAAUAUGCUGAUUAUUGAAAACAAUAUAUACAUAGAAAAAGUCGUCGUUGUACGUGAUAAAAGGUUAAAAAAAAACGGAGAAAAAAAAACAUGUGUUAUAAACGAUAGAAUGGGACACUGCAAUAUAUCCUAAUUGUCAGUUUUAAUUAGGGAGCUUUACGAUUUUGUAUUAAGAACGCCGAGAUAUUUUUCCUCGUGAGUCUCUUUUUCAUCGUGCUGUUCGAAUAAUUGGGAUAAUUGGACAAAUUUCAAAUACUAUUACAAACUGUCUUACACUCGAUGAAAAAUUUUCUCGCCUGAUCUAGUAUUCGAAUGACUGUGAGAGCUGAAUGUGGUUGAGUACAUUUUUGUGAAAAAACAAAACCUUUAGCAAAGUGUAUAGUUAUCCGAAAUAAAUGGAUAUAUAAAUAAUGAA